CGAUUUCCCCAUCCGCACCGACCCCCAUGCCUGCCAAAGCCGCUAAGCCAGCCGCCGCCCCAGCAAAAGAACACGAACUCCCCCGAUCCCUCCUCAUCUCGGACAGGGGGGAGUUAACCCCUGCGUUCAUCCACGUAUUGAAGCGCAUCUUCCAGAAAUUCUCGGAAGGCACGAACGCUCUAACGUCGGACCAAUUGAACAACUUUUCCAAGGCGUGCAACGACGGCAAGGGAUUCACCGCCAAGGAAUUGAACGAAAUCCACAUGUACUUUGACUGUGACGAAAACAAGGGUUUGACCCAGCGUGGUUUCUGUGAUAUGUACCACACCCAAACGAGCGCCGAACCCAGCGAAACGUGGAAGGAUUUGCGCAAGCUUGGAUUCAUCCAACAUGUGACCGGCAAAGGUGGCUGCUACGCUUGUGGCGCUGAUGCUAAGACUGCUUGCGCCCGAUGCUUGUGCGUGCGUUACUGCUCCAAGGAAUGCCAAACUGAGGACUGGAAGGCUGGCCACAAGCGGGCUUGCAAGCCCAAGUCCGCCCCUGUUGUCAAGGCCACUGAAUAAUCGGCUUCACCUCGACAGGCCAAGGUUCUCCGCCACUUUAUAGUUGAAAUAGUCCAAAAGCACUGCAAGGCAAAUCUUGUGUCAGUCUCUGGUCACCAUAUCAUUUUCGGCGGCCGAGCACGCAACCAAGUUUCUCCAAGGUCGUUGAGCGAAUUGGUUGCUUCACUUUUCCUGCCCUUGUGUGUUUAGCCUUGCGACGUCACACGUUCCUGCGAUUUUGUGAGAUUAUCGUACGACGGAGGCUUGUCAUGGACACUCGCUUCCUAUCCCUUCAGCCGCGCUGUGCGAAUGAGCCAGCGGGCACAUUCGAGCCUCUCCUCUUCAGGCCCACAAACCCACCUUUCCUAGUUCCUUCGAAUUUGUCGACGCUUUAUCCUUGGACUUUGAAGCAAUAUUAUUGGAUGAUAAUAUUGAUUUUAUUGUAAUUUGAUUGGCU